GGUCUGGCGGGGCUGUCCAACCUGGGCAACACGUGCUUCAUGAACAGCAGCGUGCAGUGCCUGGCGCAUGCAGCGCCCCUGGUGCGCGUGUUCCUUACCGGCGCCUACAAGCGCGACCUCAACCCCGACAACCCCCUCGGCAACAAGGGCGAGCUCGCGGAAGCUUUCGGCAGCCUCAUGAAGCUGCUCUGGCAGGGCGGGGUGGGGUCGGUGUCGCCCAAGGGCUUCAAGGCGGCGCUGGCGCGGUUUGCGCCGCAGUUUGGCGGCUACAGCCAGCAGGACAGCCAGGAGCUGCUGGCCUUCCUGCUGGACGGCCUGCACGAGGACCUCAACCGCGUGCGCCAGAAGCCCUAUGUCGAAGAGGCCGACGCGGAAGGCCGCCCCGACAAGGUCGUCGCCGCUGAGGCCUGGGACAACUACCGCAAGCGCAACGACUCCGUCGUCGUCGACCACUUCCAGGGCCUGUACAAGUCCACCCUGGUCUGCCCGCAGUGCAGCUUCUCCUCGGUCAAGUUUGACCCGUUCAUGUACCUGUCCCUGCCGCUGCCUUCCUCCAAGACGCGCACCCUCUACAUCACCCUCAUCUAUGCGUUCCUGCAGCCGGAGCAGCUGGACGCGGCAGACUCGUGGUACUGCGGGCGGUGCAAGGAGCACGUGCGCGCGGAGAAGAAGCUAGACCUGUGGAGCCUGCCGGAGCUGCUGGUGGUGCACCUCAAGCGCUUCUCCUACUCGCGCCACUCCCGCGACAAACUCGACGCCCCCGUCCACUUCCCCCUCUCCGCCCUCGACCUAUCCUCCUUCCUCCUCCGCGAGCAGGAUGUGGCGCCGGUGUACGACCUGUAUGCGGUGAGCAACCAUUUUGGCGGCCUGGGCGGGGGCCACUACACGGCGUACUGCCGCAUGGACGACGACGGUUGGCACUGCUUUGACGACUCCCACGUCAGCCCUGCCGAUGAGUCAUCCGUGCAGUCCAAGGCCGCCUACCUCCUCUUCUACCGCCGCCGCCACGAAGCCCAGCUGGAGCCCGGUGCGACCCUAUCCCUCCCUGACAUUGAUGUCGUUGUUGCAUGGCCCAGUGGGUUUAUUGAAGGACACUCCACCGAGGCAGCAAAAUACCGACCCUUGAGGGUUCAGACAUACUAA